GCGUGUGACGUCAGGGAGCAAGCCCCUCAGCAGUGGCAGUGGGCGGUCAGGGCGCGUCCGGCGGCGGUGGGAGGGCCGCGGUCAGUCCGCGUCUGGCGGCGGUUGGAGGGCCGUGGUCAGUCCGCGGUCAGUGCGCGUCUGGUGGCGGUUGCAGGGCCGUGGUCAGUCCGCGGUCAGUGCGCGUCUGGUGGCGGUUGGAGGGCCGUGGUCAGUCCGCGGUCAGUGCGCAUCUGGCGGCGGUUGGAGGGCCGUGGUCAGUCCGCGGUCCGUCAGUGCGCGUCUGGCGGAGGGCCACCGUCCCUCGGUGCGUGUCCAGCCCCGGCCGCAGCACCCCGGCACUUGCCCGUGGCUCCCCCGGGCGGCAGAGCAGCGGAGAAGGCGCCAUGUCGCGGAGCAGCCCGCAGGAGGAGAAUCUGCAGGGUUCCUGGGUGGAACUCCACUUCAGCAGCAAUGGCAGCGGCAGCACUGUCACCCCCACGGGUCAGGAGCAGGUGCCAGCCUCCAUUUCCAUCCACAAUGGUGACAUGGAGAAGAUCCUGUUGGAUGCUCAGCAUGAGUCUGGGAGGAGCAGCUCAAGAGAAAGUUCACACUGUGACAGCCCUCCUCGGUCCCAGACACCUCAGGACAGCCACAGAGCUCUGGAGCUAGAGAGCCACAGCAGUGGAGAGAAGAACAGCUUCCAGUCUGAAGAAGACUUUCUGGAAAGGAGGAAAGAAGUGGAGAGGCUCCUGAGGAGAAAUGCAGACUGGAUAUGGGACUGGUCCAGCAGGCCAGAGAACAUCCCACCCAAGGAGUUCCUCUUCAAGCACCCCCGGCGCACAGCCACCCUCAGCAUGAGGAACACCAGUGUGAUGAAGAAAGGUGGGAUAUUCUCAGCAGAGUUCCUCAAGGUCUUUCUUCCAUCCCUGCUGCUUUCUCACCUGCUUGCCAUUGGCCUAGGGGUUUACAUUGGGAGACGCCUCACGACCACGGCUUCCAGCAGCAACUUCUGAAGCCACCUGGAGUUGAGUUUGAAAGCACAGCAAUGCUGAGGAGGUGACAGUAGGAGGCUUUGAGCUGCCUUGGCUUGGUGGGAAGGGCAGAGACACUCAAGCUGAUGUAUCAUACAAGUCUUCUGAGCUGGUUCAUCGCACUGCUUUUGGUGCAUCCCCAUCCCUGCUGCCGCUUCGUAGUGAAGCACCUUGGGGAACUCAAGGGACAAGAGGCUUCACCCCAGCUCUAGCCUAGCAGUUGUGACCCAGGCAGGUGUUCCUCUGAGCUCCUGUGCUCCAUGGCUGUGAGCAGUCCUCACUGUUGCUGCCACCACCACAAGAGACUAGCCUAGAGCUACCUAUGGCUUUAGCUGUCAUGGAGGGGAGUCCAGAGGAGCAUCAGCUUCGCUCAAACUUCCUUAUGUAGAUCAUAUAGAGUAGUGCAGAGGAGCUUCUGCUGCUCUCCAGGCAUCUCUUCCCUGUGUUGGACACAUCUAGGGGAAACAUCUGAGUGAAGCUUCUCUUGGGUGUCACUAUUUCAGCAUGUGAACUAGUGAAACCCCAGUUGAAAUCUGGCUUUGGUGCCCCACAAACAGCUGCUCCUGCAAAGAUGUUGACUUCUGAACAGUUCCUCCUCAUGUAAGCACCUGCAGACUGUUUGCUUCUCAGCCUUUUAACCUGUAAAGUUGCAUCCCCUUGUACAGAGCCCCUGCAGGCGUGCGUGCUACUCUGCACCCAUCCCCAGCUCUCACCUUAUUUAAUGAGCAGAAGACAAUGGUUUGCCCAAACUCCAUGUUUUAUAUAUUUAAAUAAAAGGGUUCCUGGUGGA